AUGAAUGAGAAAAGAAAGUCAAAACUAUCAAUUAUCAACAAUAUAAUGAAACCAAUCUCUCCUCCACGGAGAAGACAUAGUAAUGAAACAUUGGGGGAUCCUAUAAAGAUAUCUCGCAAUACUGUAAUUCCACCACCACUUACAUUUCCAAAGAUCCCUCAACUUGAGGGAUAUAGCAUAAGCGAUCAUUCAAACCCAGAAAGGGGCAUUAGGAAAAAAAAUUUCGCUGAUGACAGAUGUGUUUUCUGCGAAGAAUUGUUAUCUAAUAAGCUUGCAGGAGAAUUGGGCUUACAAUUAACCUGUUCUCAUUCUUGUCAUAAGUAUUGUUUCCUUGAAAUGAUGGACAAAAAUAAUUUGGAGUCGCUACCAUUUUGCACCCAAUGUGAGAAAAAAACUCAGUGCGUCGAUGCUUCCAUUCAGGCCAGUAUCAAGCACCAAAAGCUAGCUGAAUCCCUCUUUCCAAACAAUUUCGACAAGGAGCACAGUCCAUUUGAUACAAUGUCACACUUGAAAGAUUACGACACGUUAGUCAAGUCUUCUGUAAGUGCUAAUGAGUCACAAUUAUUAUCACCAAUAUCAACUCCUACAGGGAAUUUCUACAACGAAAAAUUGUACAACGAAAUUCUCAAACCAAGGAUUACAGUUACCGCAGAUGCUGCUAGUCAAGUGACUGAUGGAGAAUAUGACUUAGAUUGUUUAAUAAGUGUAAAACCUUCCCAAAUUUCGAAUUGUGUGAGUGAUUCAUCUGAGGAUCAAGCGAUCAAAUCAAGGAUAAUUCAAAAUAUUAAAGUAAAGCUAGCCUUAAGAGUUAAUAAUUGGAGUGAUUCAUUGUUACCACUUGAAGAAUUAGGAGAUUUGAGGAUGUUUGACUUUUUAGAGAUAAGUAGUAAUGGCUCUGACUGGGACAAUAUAUCGGUUUAUUUUUUUGGAAAUGCAAUUAUUCUAGUUGAUUAUAAUGGGACUCGCCUAAUGGGAGAAGUGCUAAUUAACAGUGAUAUAAGCAGCAUAAACAGAAUUGAGAACGUACUUGUUUUGAAUUUAAGCAAUGAAGCUCUUCCUGAACUUUAUAUGAGACAUAGUUGUUCGCUAAUUAUAUCCAAAUGGGAGUAUUAUUUAAUUCAAGCAGUCAAAAAAAUUCUGGUUGGACAGAUACCUCUACUUCAUACAACUACGAAUGCUUGGGAAUUACUAGAUGAGUGCAACAGAUCGACGGAUGGUCUCAAAUUUUGCAGCCUAUGGGAGAAAAAUUUAGAUGUACCAUCGUCUUUGCUAAGGAGAAUCAUGCCACCGGCAGAAAAUAUUCCAAUGAAUAUGAAUGUUUCCAUAUCAUUGAUCAAUUGCACAGAUCUCAGCAAUCUUGAAUAUAAGAAGAAUAUAAUAUCACUACUUCAAAAUCUCAGAUCAAAAUUGAGACCUAUUGAUAAACUUGGUUUAAUUUUCGUUGGAGUAGAUGGACAUGGAAAACCUUCGAACAGCGGAACUUUUAUAGGAUGUGUUAGUCCAUCAUGGGAUGGCUGGGAGAAUAUCAUAAAUGAUAUUAGAGUUUUUGCAAAUGAAGAUGACAGACAAUUCCCAAUAUUCGAUAAUGGAUUUGAAGAAAUGCUAAUUAGCUUUGAAAAGUACAAAAAGUUAUUGCCAUAUAUUCCCUCGGGGCCCAAGAAUAACAAUAGGCUAAUAAUAUUGAAUUCCAAUAAUUACGAUCUUACAGAACCUCAAAGGUUUAUUAAAUCUAAAAUUAAUGAUAAGAUCAGUUUUUUGCAAGCUAAUGAAAAUUUAACUAUUGAUAUAAUAAGGAUCGGUAAAUCAUACUCAAUAGAGGCACAGGAAGUCUACAAUUUAAUUUCUAUGCCAACUCAAUGUAAUGACUCUUUAAAUAUUGUAUCAGGAUCAAAAUUGCUAAGGUUUAAUUCAUUUUCAGAGUUUGGGGAUUCUUUUGAUUUCAUAAUGGAGCAUAGCCUUCAAUCAGGAUAUAUACCAUAUGUGACAAUAGACUUUCAGAAAGUUAGUGGUAUAGAGAGCUUAAUUUCAUUUUCUGAAAUUGAGAUGAAUGGAGAAAUGGUAUCAAUUCAGAGUAAUUUAACAAAGUUGAGAAUUGUUGUUAAGAAUGUUUUCCCUCUGACAGAGCGUAAUAUAAUGAUGAAGUUAAAAUUGAACUUUUCGGAAGUAUCUAAUCUAGGAAACAUUAUGAAUUAUAAAAUUAUUAAUUACCACAGUCUGUGGAUGGAAGGUGAAGAUGAUUUUAAGUGUUUGAGGACAAAAUUUAAUGAGACAGGCAGCCCACAUAUUCUUUUCUCUCAUGAAUCUGAUGUCUCUUGUUCCCCAUUAGAUCAAAUAGAUGGAGACACAUAUUUCGUUGACAUACCAUUGCUACCACCAUUAUCUUCUUCUAAAGAUCAGAGUUUUGCCAGAAGAAAAACAGAGCUCGCGAUUAUCAGAUCUCUUAGGAUAGUGGAAUCCGCAUCAGCUGAUGAAACGGAGAUUAUCAUAAGCCAUUUGAUAUCGUUAGUCUUUGGAAUUAUCAGAGGAUUUGAAAUAGAACCGGGAGAGUCAUAUAAAAUAAUAGAACUGAAGUGCUAUUCAGAAAGACGUAAAUCGUUCAUGCUUCAUUUUGAAAAUUUUAAUAAUAAUAAGAAAUAUAUUCAGUGUUUGGUAGAAGAGCUUGAAUCAAUUAAUGAUUUGUUUAAACGAGAUCCAUGUUCUGCUUCAAUUAGAUGUCAAGACUUUGCUAAUUGGAUAAUAUGA